AGAAUAACAAAGAAACCAGAAAUAAAUAAAAUAACGAAAAGGAAAAAAAAGGUUUAAUUCCUAAUAGAGAUGAACAUUCUGGUAGCUUUACACAUUUCUUUUGUCAAAACCGAUGGCUGUUAAUUUGUUAAUCUAAUCACAUUUAAACCCAAGGAUCAUCUAGUCUGAUUGAAAUUACUAAAACAAACACAGAUGAUACCUAUUUAAAAUUUGUAAAAUAUUAACACAAUAAGAUACUAACCCAAGUUGAUUGUUGAAUGUAAAUCUUUUUAAAUCACUGUGAGAGACAGACAGAUAAGAUUAAAGUUGCUCAGCUAAUUAGUCGAGACCAUCUUGACCAAAGUGGACCGUCCAUCGGAUCAACUAAUUGUAUUAAAUAGAUGUUUAUUUACUAGAGAUUAAAAAAAUGAGGAUUAGCUUUGAAGCGAAGCAAAAAACUGGUUCCGAAAGCUAAAUGCUUAACUGUGUUCCCUUUUUUUCCUUUAGAUGGCGACUCAACAGUAGAUGGGAAUGUUGAGUGAGAUGAAGAUGAGUGAGAAGGUAAACUUUACUAUUCACUUUGAGUAUAGCUUGAGAGGAAGAAGUAAAAUUGUUCAUUUUCAAAUUUGCUGUUCUUCUGGUUACAUUUUUUGAAACUUGUUUUUUCUUCUCUUGGAUAUAAUGACUUUUUUUUAUUUAUUAUUAACAGCAUGAAUUUAACAAUAAAAAACCUGAAGUGUUUGUUUCAUCAACAUGUAACAGCAACAACAUCAUCAGCAUCAAAUGGAAUAAAAACAACAACAUUAUUAUCUUCUACUUGAUAUCUACUAUGAACGUUUGUUUUUGUGAAUCUUGUUGUUUUCCUUUUUACUUUGUUUAUAAUUUAAACAUCUUUAGAUGGAAACAAAAGUAUCUAUGUAUAUAAUAGUGUUAUAUAUAUUAAUGGUGACUCUCAGGGUAACCAAAGGUACCCAAUAUAUUGCCCCAGGAGAGUGUAAAUGGUCACAUAUAUCAUCACUAAAGUUUGAUGUGUCAUUAACAUGUAAUAUAGGAUACCUGAGUCCAUCUUCGUCGUCUUCAUCGUCAUCUUCAUCUUACUCAUCUUCAAGUUCAUCAUUUUCAUCAUCAGGCUCCAUGAAUCAUGGCCUUAACCUAAGUCUCAUCCAAGCUGACCACACUAUUAGUCUAACGUUGAUCUGUGAUGAUUCCUUUGCUGAAUCCAAAUUGGAUAAUUCGUCCCUUUCCCAUUUACGGAAUCUUAAAUCUUUAACUAUUGAAGCCUGUCAGUUGUCCUAUCUUAACGGUGAUGAGCUUAGCGGACUAGAAUCGCUGAGAAAUUUAACCAUUCGAUCAUAUGUACCAACCAGAGGAUAUCGAACAUUAUGGUUAAAUCAUUCAUCUCUUAAACAUCUUCGUAAAUUAGAGCAGCUUGAUUUAGGCUUCAAUAAUUUGGUUGACCUUCCUGCUGAUCUCUUUUGUCCUCUUACAAGCCUCAAAGUUCUCAACUUGACUCACAAUUCCAUUGCUGGCUUUGGUAGCCUCGGAGUUGUUGAUCAUACUUUUGGUCAUCUGUGUUCCCAAGAAUUACAGGAAUUGGAUUUAUCCUUUAAUCGAAUUGAUUUCAUUUCUCAAACUGGUGUAGCCAAUUUGAAAAAUUUACGUUCCUUGUAUCUUCAAAACAACCAGAUCGCAGAGGUUUCCGAGAUCUCAUUGUCAGCCUUACAUCGCUUGCAAAUAAUCAAUCUUGCCAGCAAUCAACUAAAUCAUCUUCCAUCCCGUCUAUUUCGUGAUUCCAUUGAAUUACAAGAAUUACAUUUACAAAAUAAUUCUAUUGCUUCACUUGAAUCAGGUCUUCUCGGUGGACUCUCAAAACUACUUCUACUCAAUUUGAGUUAUAAUCAAAUCUCUUCUGAAAACAUCAACAGUGAAACUUUUGCAGACCUCAUUCGUGUAAUUAUUCUUGAUUUAAGUCACAACCGAUUAACACGUAUUGAUAAAUUAUUCUUCGUAAAUUUAUAUUCCCUUCAAAAGCUUAAUUUGGCUCACAAUCAGAUAACCUUUAUCGAAGACUAUUCUUUUGCUCUUCUUUACAAUCUUCAUAUUCUCAUCCUUGAUGGCAAUGGGUUAGUUAAAAUUGAUCCAUAUACCUUCAAUGGUCCCAAUCUUCUCAGAGGAUUAUCAUUAAAUGCCAAUUCACUCACUGCUAUACACCGAGAUGCCUUCAAGAAUUGUAGUUCACUUCAAGAUCUUCAAUUAGCCUCCAAUAAUUUAAAAGAAAUCCCGUCAGCUAUAUCACAUCUCAUGGAAUUGACAAAUCUUGAUCUAUCAGACAACAAAAUUGUUGGUAUCAACAGUACAUCUUCUGGUAACAUCAACAGUGACAAUGCCAUCACCAUGAUUAAUUUGAAACAUCUUACUCGAUUAGAUCUGUCAAAAAAUAAGAUUUCCAAUCUAAGUAGAAACUUUUUCAAAGAUUUACCAAGUUUACAGUAUCUUGAUCUCUCGGGUAACCUGUUAAACGGUCUGGAACCAGGUUUAUUUGAUGAUUCUGCUCCAACUCUCACAACAAUCUUACUGCAAGACAAUAAAUUAACUGACAUCAAUGGUCUAUUCAUUAAUCUCAUUAACUUGAGGCAUCUUAAUGUAUCUCGCAAUUCAAUACUUUGGUUUGAGUAUGCUUUUAUACCCGAAAGUUUACUAAUCCUUGAUGCUCACAGUAACGUUAUUGAAGAGUUGAGUAAUUACUAUAAAGUGGAAAGACGCUGUACAUAUCUGGACUUUUCUCACAAUCACAUUUAUAAAGAGAUCAAUACUUGGUCAAUUCCAAACAGCACUGAAACGCUGCUUCUCAAUAAUAACAAUCUAACCAGCAUUCUUCCAAUGACUUUUGCCACCAAAGUAAAUUUAAAGCACGUUGACCUGCGAUACAAUCGUCUCUCAAGCCUAGACAUGAAUGCCUUCCGUUUUAAAUCAAUUCCAUCAAGUCGACCUUUACCUCAUUUCUUAAUUUCUAAUAAUCCAUUUUACUGUGAUUGUAAUAUGGAAUGGUUACAACGGGUGAACAAAGAUGAAACACGUCAAUAUCCAUUGGUCAGAGAUCUUGAUCGUAUUACUUGUCAACUUCCUUUUGUCCGUGAGUCAACAUAUUUGCCUUUGGUUAAAGCAAACUCAUCAAAUUUCUUGUGCAAAUACAAGACCCAUUGUUUUGCUCUCUGCCAUUGCUGUGAAUUUGAUGCUUGUGAUUGUAAAAUGACUUGCCCCGACAAUUGUACUUGUUAUUAUGAUCAAACUUGGGCCACCAACAUUGUUGAUUGUUCCCGUCGAGAAUAUGUUCAUGUUCCUUCUCGAAUUCCCAUGGAUGUAACUGAUUUGUAUCUCGAUGGUAAUCAACUUUCAUCUCUUUCCAGUCAUACCUUUAUUGGACGUAAAAAUAUGUUAACCCUUUACCUUAACAACAGUGGUAUUCAUUCCAUUGCCAAUCGAACCUUUAAUGGUUUACAAGUUUUACAAGUUCUCCAUUUGGAACAUAACUAUAUAACAACUUUAAAUGGAUUUGAGUUUGAAUCACUCUCACGACUCCGUGAGCUUCAUCUUCACCACAACCGGAUCUCCUUUAUUAACAGCCGUACAUUCAGCAAUUUAACCUCUCUUCAGGUUCUUCAUUUAGAGGAUAAUUUUAUUUCUGAUUAUGCUGUCUGGUCACUCAACUACAAUCAACAUUUAAUGGUUGUCCAUAUUUCAAAUAAUCUGUGGUCCUGUCGGUGUGAUUUUGUUUCACGAUUACGUGAUUGGAUGAGAAACGAGGCUGCCUAUGUGAAAGAUAAAGAUACAAUUAGAUGUCAUUACAAUAAUACAACAAUAGGUCCAUUUAUUUGGCAAUUAAAUUCAUCUAAGUGCACCAAUUACAGUGAUAUAAGUAAUCAUCGUGGUUUGAUUGAUUCACAUGGUGGUUUUAGUGGUGGUAACAGUGUUGUGAUCGGCGGUUCAUUAUCAAGAGAAGGUUCACCUUCAACCUUUGCUAAUGAAGUUUCUUUCUUCCAAAACUCUUUGGUUCAAAGUUAUAUGCCUCUGACCAUUGGAUUGAUAGCUGGUAUUGUGGCUAUCAUUUUAAUCAUCGUUCUCAUCACCAUUUACCAUAAAGAAAUUAAAGUAUGGAUCUAUUCCAAUUAUGGAUUUAGAUUUUUCCAAAAGUCACAUUACCCACCAGAAACAGAGCGAUUGUUUGAUGGAUUUGUUUCAUAUUGUAAAAAAGACGAAGCUUUUAUAUCACAAAUAUUGGCUCCAGAAUUGGAGUGCGGUCAUCCACCAUACCGUUUGUGCCUUCGUUACCGUGACCUUCCAGUUACUGAGUACGUCGCCGAAGCCAUAUCCGAGGCCAUUGAAUCCUCCCAUCGGACCAUAAUACUAUUGUCUGAUCAAUAUUAUAAAUCAGAUUCGUGUCAUUUUGAACUUAAAGUUGCCCACCAAGAAUGCCAAGUGAAUCUUAACCACAAGAUAAUUGUUGUGGUUUUGGAUAAGAAUAGUUUAAAUCAUUUGGAUGCUGAUUCCAAAUUAUGUAUCCGUUCAUCACCAAUCAUUCAUUGGGGCGAUCGUCGAUUCUGGGAGAAGUUAAGAUACGCCAUGCCGCCCGGUCGAGGGCUUAGUAAACCACUUAAUUGUCCUGACGUAAGGGCAAGUAUAGAUUUCAAAAGAGCCAUCAACUUACAUGCUGUGUAAAUAUUUCGUUGUACAUAAAAUAAAUAUAAUUUUUUUUGUUGCCUUUGAA